UCCUCCUAUUUCUUUUGAUCUUUUCUUCUUUCCCUCUUUCUUUUCUCUGUCACUCACAUGGAAUGGAACCUCUACUUGAAGAUGACGAGGAGCAGCGAAUCCGCCGAGUCGACUCAUUCACCGAACCGGACCUGACUUCAACCAGCUCAAGCCUAUCCUCGAUACUCAGUGCGGAUGAUUCUAGAAGCUUGAUGAGUUCCGGCGAUAUAUCCGGAACGAGCGGGAGUUCCGGUGAGAUUUUAACGGCGGAGGCUGCAGUUCCGAGGUUUCUGGAGCCUGUAUCUUCUUGUGAGGAGUUGAAGAUGACGGUAACGGCGAGGCAGAAGUGCGUUGGGAGGAAUAAUAAGGGAGUGACAUGGGGGUUCACUUCGGUGAUCGGGAAUCGAAGAGAAAUGGAAGACGCUAUCGCCGUUAUACCGGCGUUCAUAUCCCGCUCGUGCGAUCACGUCGGAGGUUGCAUGGCUCCUGGUUCUAGAACAGCCGCUGAAAUCUCCCCUAUUCAUUUCUUUGGCGUCUAUGAUGGCCAUGGUGGCUCACAGGUGGCCAAAUUUUGUGCUGAAAGGAUGCAUGGAGUGAUAGCUGAGGAAUGGGACCGUGAAGUGGAUGAGAGCUCUGGGUGGCGAAGAAGAUGGGAAGUGGCAUUUUCCGGUAGUUUUGAGAGAACUGACAACGAAGUCUCGACUGCAGUUGCACCAGAUACGGUGGGAUCAACAGCUGUUAUCGUAGUUUUAUCCGGUUGCCAGAUUAUUACAUCCAAUUGUGGUGAUUCGAGGGCAGUGCUUUGCCGUGGAACUGAAACAAUUCCAUUAACUGUUGAUCACAAGCCUGAUAGGCAGGACGAGCUCAUGAGAAUUGAAAGGGAGGGAGGGAGGGUCAUAAAUUGGAAUGGCGCAAGGGUCUUUGGAGUUCUUGCAAUGUCCCGAGCUAUAGGUGAUCGCUAUUUAAAGCCAUGGAUAAUUCCAGUGCCAGAUGUUACCUUCACGACCAGGACCGAUGAGGAUGAGUGUUUGAUACUAGCCAGUGACGGGUUGUGGGAUGUGAUGACAAAUGAAGAGGCUGGGGAGGUGGCUCGCCGCCUAUUAAGACGGCGGAGUAGGAGGUCAGUGAUGGCUGAUGAUGGAGUGUCAUCAGCUCAAGCAGUAGCUGACAGUCUCACCGAAAUAGCCAUAGGAAGAAACUGUUCUGAUAAUGUUUCUGUCAUCAUCGUGGAUUUAAAAUCCAAGAGGAAACGCCAGCCAAGGCAGUGAAAAAAACAAAUGGUUCAGGUAUUAAUUUCCACUACCAAACAGAUCCAAAGUUUACUUCAAUCAGGUUUGGUUCUGCAAACCACUAAUCUUUGCUCUUAACUGGUUUGGCCGAGGGACUG